AUGAGGGACUCAACUGAACCUCUCGUUUAUGAUAUUCUUCAACUGAAUAUGCUGUACAGAGGCCGCCUCACGUCUUGGUUGAAACUACACACAAGGUUGAUGAAAGCUCUUCGACAGCCCACGACAGGUUUCGCCCUUCUUGGGGCUCAUCAGGUAGGCGAAUUCCCCCUUACGUUCUACUUGAGCUCAAAUUUUCAAGCAAUACACUCAUUUGCAAUCUCGCAUAUCGUGCCAACUGAAACAUGCCUGUGUGCAGCACAUUCAGCUGUAAAAUAUCAUAAACGGGAGAUUCAACUGAGUAGAAGGGCCACUUGGAUGUCGGUGAACAGACGUAACACGCUACUUCAAAGGUUACCCAAAAAUCCUGCAGCCCAUGGUCGAUUUCGCCCUUCUUGGGGCUCAUCGGGUAGGCGCAGUCUUGGAGCUUCUGUGAACGGUAUGUUCCACUUGAAACAAAAUUGGACAUGUUUUGACAAAUACUCUCAUGUGAAUACGAAUUUAAUUUGGACAGGGCACUCAAAUGAAGCCAGGUGCAUCUCUCGGUUGCGACGCUCGAAGAGUUUCAAGCAAACU